AUGAAAAGUAUCAUAAAGGGAAAUUUUUCGAUUUCAGCUUGGUUGAGUAGGUGCGUUUUAGAUUAUCCCAAUGGACACGAGAUACCAUUUAGUUAAAUAGCAUACUUUAAAAGUGCAAUACCUAGUCUAAAAAAUCAUAAAAUUGUUACACUAAGAAUUUUUUCGUUAAUUGGAAUUUCAAAUCAUUAUCCCAUAUCUUUCCUUUAGGUUUUCAAUGUGUCACUCUUCUGUUGGUGA